AUGUUGGAAAAUCGAUUGGCAGACACCGAGAAGCACCUUGCGGACUCUUUGGAGAGACUCGCAAGCCUCGAGACGCGAUUUAUGAACUUGGAUCAGAAGAAAGACAAACAAACGGGGAGAAAGGACGACAAACGCCGGGCUCAGUUGGAGGAGGUGUUUGAUGCCCCUUCCCUGCCCAUCCUUCCAGAGGUGAGAAAGGUUGGGUAUCAAGAGUUCAAAAACCGGUCCAAAGAUGAUGAGAACCAAUAUGCUAUUGAAGUCCUCAUGGCAGGGUUCGAUGUGAAGCAAGAUGUCCAGGAAGCCCGCCUCAGAAAUACCGAGAACGUGCCGAAUAUGCCCUUUUUCAUGAGCAGAGAUGGAAUCCUCAUUCGAGACUAUCAAGCAACGGUGAAGCCUGGAACAAGCGCUACGCCAAGCAAACGGUCACCUUACAGAAUCCGAAUCCAGUCUUUGCCUCUUCUCAUCAUUCUCAACAAUGUGAUAGGCUACGGGAGAAAAACAGAGGCCACAACCUUUUCCCGUCCGUUCAAGCCGCUCAUUCACUACCAAGAUACCAUGAAACAAAUACUUGGUGAGCUGGAAGCAAAAUGGGCCAAAAUUGAGCACAAAGCGCCCACUGAAGACCCGUCAUCCGUUCCGGUCGCUUCGAGUGGAAGUGUUGUGCAGGUUGGAGAACACACUACAUGUCGUAGUAGAAGUGACUCGGAAGGGACACACUCUGCGGAUAUUGUAGACAGUGUUGAGGCACUGAGGGCCAUGCGGGUGUACGUUGAAUUCGUGGAGAGACAUUUGAUACCCUUGUACCACCAAUUCGACGAAUCGAACAGCGACAUACCGCCUCAUAAGAUUCGAUUUGACGACUUGUGGUACCUUUUUCGACUUGGAGAGCUUGCUUUCAAUCCUGAUGCACCCGACCCCUCUUCUUCCUUGAAGACCGACGUCUCGUCUCGAAGCAGGCGAGUGAUGAGAGUCUAUUCGAUCGGCUACCCAGAUCAUGGCACCGAAGGAUACUCGCAUAAUGAUAAAGUGCUCGUCAGAUGCUAUUUUAUCGAUUUCAAUGGCGACGCCUAUGUUCCAGUCAAGCAAAAAUUUGUGAUUCCGUACUAUGAGGGCGAGAAAGAGAUUCGGUCCCUGGAUAUAUAUCCCAUCCGCUACGCCUACAACUACCAAUGUAUCUUGCAGGAGCAUCUCGACCAGGGCAAGCUGUUCCAAAAUUACGUAACGGAAAAGUUCUUGUCAUACAAAGGAUGGACAUUCGGUGAUCAUGACUAUCCAGAAUAUAUCGACAGCGACGUUAUUGUUGAUUUUGUGGAAGCCUUGAAAGCGCACCCGAGGUGGGCAACGCCACCCCACGCACCAGCCCUGCAUGAUGCGGAUGCGCAUCAUUUUGUGAAAGACGACAUUCCGAUAAUCGUUUGGAAUGACCGAGACCGGUCGGAAAUUAUGGGAAAAUUCCAUGAUGAGAUCUAUACUGCAACCCCAGUUGAUAUUCGGGAACGAAAUGCAAAUCUACAGAAUGAUUCAUUUCUCGAGGACCGGCGAGAAAAGCGGAAGAACUCCGACGACGGGCUUUCAUCUGUAAUUGACCAGAAAGACUUUGUGCUCUUUCCACGGAGAUUGUUUGUGUAUUCUCUGCAAGAUCGGAAGUUCGUCGCCGUCGACAUCCGGAACCUACGAUAUAUUGCCGACCAGGGAGAGGCUUUCCAGAACGUCAUUAUCUCCAAGGAACACAGGAGCACAAUAACUGCACUAGUGGAUGCCCACUUUGAAAGGAAAGAUUUCGAAAAAGAUCCCGCCAUGCUCAGCUUGAACCAAGAUACCUUUCGCAACAAGGGACGAGGGCUGGUAAUUCUAUUGCAUGGGGUGCCUGGGGUCGGCAAGACCUCCACUGCAGAGGCUGUUGCCCAUGCGAAAAAGAAACCACUGUUUACCAUUACCUGCGGAGAUUUGGGGUUCUCACCUUCUGAGGUAGAGUCAUCGCUCAAGGAGAUCUUCCGGCUCGCGCAUUUGUGGGACUGUGUCUUGUUGCUAGACGAGGCGGACGUUUUCCUCUCCCAACGAUCGACUUGGGAUUUGAAACGUAAUGCAUUAGUUUCUGUCUUUUUGCGCAUUCUCGAAUACUACAACGGUAUAUUGUUCCUCACCACCAACCGGGUCGGCACGCUCGACGCGGCCUUCAAGUCCAGAAUCCAUGUUCAAUUAUAUUAUCCGCCAUUAAGUGAGAAGCAGACAAAGGGAAUAUGGAAGAUGAAUUUGAGGCAACUGGAUAAAAUCGAAAGAGAGCGCCGGAAGAUCUUUGAGAGUAGGAAGAUAUACGACGAACUCCAAGAGCUGCCGUUAAAGGUAGAUGAGGAAGGUAUACUCGAUUUUGCACUCAGCUACUGGAAGCAGCAUCAGCAUGGCAAGGGGCAAUGGAAUGGCAGACAAAUUCGCAACGCAUUCCAGAUCGCAGCCGCGCUAGCACGAUUUGAAAUUCGCUCUGCUGCUCAAAAAGCUAGGAAGGCAGGGAACACGCAAUCAUCAGCUACACCGAACCAGGGUGAUCUCAACGCAAGACAUUUCAGAGCUGUGGCAAAGACCAGCCAUCAUUUUGAACUGUAUAUGCAUGAGACGAUGGGAAAGACGGAAGCCGAGCUUGCGUAUGAGCAGAGGGAACGCUCAGAUCAUGUCUCUCGACUGCGCCAUACAAUGGGAGAGAGUCCGAUGAUGCAUGAAAAGUUUUCUUUUGAUUAUGAGGUUGGGUCGGGUGGUAAUAACGCGCCCCGAGAUGAGCCCCGAUUCGUUGAAGCUCACUAUGGCAAAGACUGGGGAGCUCAGGACCAUCCAGACAUACCGCAAGGCCUAUACCCAAAUAAGAUACCUGCGGGCAGAACUGGACCUCGAGUUGCCAUACCCAUGCAGCAUGUUGAACCAUCCAUGAGCACCCAACUCUCUAUCGACGUGGGUCGACGUGGGCAGCCGGUAAUGCGACCAGGGCGCUCACCCAGUCCUCAGCCAGUUGCUGUCGGCACAGGGCGGCAGAGCCAGCGUGGCGGUGGCGCGUGGUCUGGAAUCGAGUCCGGAUCAGACUAUGAGGGAUAUUAA